UUGGGUUAUGGAGGAUUGGUCGCUCUGGAAGUGAAUAUCAACAGCAGCACUGUCUAAACUGCUCAGCGCUUCCUAUUGGAUUCCCAAGGUGUUUUAGUGUUGAUGUAUGGAUUAUCACAGGGAUUAUUGCUUGUGAAGAACCAUGGAACUUUGCAGAGCAUCUGUCAGAUGUGAUGCAGAGGAUAUAAUGGAGCAUAUGUUAACAUAUUGACAUUGAGUUUACUUUAAGGUACUUGGAUUAUCUGUAUCAUCCGCAUAAUGAGAAGUGUUGAUUACUCCAUGAAGCUCAGUGUUAGUUUGGGGAAAGUUUCUGGAAGAUCUGAGCAUGAAUAGGAGUCUGCUGAUGUGAAACAAGGCCUUCCAGGAACAUUUGGAUGUACAAACAAUACAACUGAUGUGGCGCUCAGAGACACACCUGAUAACAUCGAGGCCAACUUGAAAAAGUCUAUUUUGAAACAAGUGAAUAGAAGUCAGGCUACAAUUUCAGUACCACUGGAGUAGAGGAUUCUGGGCGUCUGUUUCUCAUGACUGUUCACCGUAAAGAUGUGUGUGGAUGUGAGCAUCAUAUGUCACAGAAGAGGGUCUUCUUGGGUUACGUUCUUCAUAGUCUACACAGGCAUGCUUUGUGUCUUCACACAUGCUCAAAUGAAGAUUCCACCUGAAACGGUUCAAAAAUGGGCCAUUACUCUUUCAGAGAAAAUAAACGCCUUUGCAUCAAAAUAUUCAGGAGCUGCUCUGUUACAAAAGAAACUUAAAGAUGUUGAGCCCAUCAUUAGAAUAGAGGAGGUGGAUGGAGCACGCUUAGUUCAAGACUUUUCUGACGAAAUUGAGAGAAUGCUUGGAAGCAAGAUGAAGUCUGUGAAGAGACUGGCAGACAUUGCUGAGGAUGCUGAUUUAUAUCAUGAGUUUAAUGCAUCUUUACAGUUUGACUAUUUCAAUGCAUUAUUGGUGAAUACUAUGGAUGAAGAGGGAAAUUUCAUCGAGCUUGGAGGUGAAUUUCCAUUGGAGGAGAAUGAGCAUUUCAACAAACUUGCAGUCAACACUUUAAUGAGCGACAUUCAAGUUCCAACCAAUGUCUACAACAAAGAUCCAGACAUUCUUAACGGCGUGUACAUGUCUGAGGCCUUGAACGAUGUUUUCAUUAGUAACUUCCAAAAGGACCCAACGCUUACAUGGCAAUAUUUUGGCAGCUCAUCAGGCUUCUUCAGACUCUAUCCAGGGAUCAAAUGGACCCCCGAUUCUAAUGGCGUUGUUGCUUUCGACUGCAGAAACAGAAACUGGUAUAUCCAGGCUGCCACGUCUCCUAAGGACAUCAUCAUUUUGGUUGAUGUCAGUGGCAGCAUGAAAGGUUUAAAAAUAACCAUUGCCAAACACACCAUCAACACUAUCCUGGACACGCUUGGGGAAAAUGACUUUGUCAAUGUUAUUGCAUACACUGAUUAUGUCCGCUACGUGGAGCCCUGUUUUAAGGGGACAUUGGUUCAGGCAGACUUGGACAACCGAGAGCAUUUCAAGCUGCUUGUGGAACAACUCCAUGUGAAGGGGGAGGCUAAAGUUAAAAAAGCAAUGAAGGAGUCUUUCCGCAUCCUAGCUGACGCCAGAGCAAAUGGUCAGGGCAGCCUGUGUAACCAAGCAAUAAUGCUGAUCACAGAUGGGGCCAUGGAAGACUUUCAAUCAGUGUUUGAAGAGUUCAACUGGCCCGACAAGAAGGUACGGGUUUUCACUUACCUUAUUGGCAGAGAUAUGACCUUCUCAGAAAAUGUAAAAUGGAUUGCCUGUAACAAUAAGGGUUAUUACACUCACGUCUCAACACUUGCUGACGUACAAGAGAAUGUUAUGGAGUAUCUUCAUGUUCUUAGUCGACCAAUGGUCAUCAACCAUGAUCAUGACAUAAUCUGGACUGAGGCGUAUAUGGACAGUGUGCUGUUCAAAAGUAUGGCUCACAGUCUGCUGCUCAUGACCUCAGUGGCCAUGCCAGUGUUCAGUAAGAAGAAAGAGACACUUUCUCAUGGCAUACUGCUUGGAGUGGUUGGAACUGACAUCCCCCUGUUGGAAGUGAUGAAACUAGCCCCUAGAUAUAAGCUUGGAACUCAUGGGUACGCCUUCCUCAUCACAAACAAUGGAUACAUACUGGCCCAUCCUGAUCUGAGACCUCUGUACAACGAUGGGAAGAAGUUGAAACCGAAGCCCAAUUACAACAGUGUGGAUCUGUCAGAGGCCGAGUGGGAGGACACUGAGGACAGUUUGAGAACAGCCAUGGUGAAAGGAGAGACAGGUACUUUGGCUUUAGAUGUAAGGGCAGCUGUGGAUAAAGGGAAAAGGCCCUUGUUCCUGAAAAAUGAUUAUUUCUACACAACCAUCAACGAGACUCCAUUUAGUUUUGGGAUGGUGCUUACAAGAGGCCACGGGCAGUACAUGUUCUUUGGGAAUGUUUCUGUGGAAGAGGGUCUUCAUGAUCUCCAGCAGCCCGAUCUCUCGAUAGCGGCUGAAUGGACGUAUUGCGAGACAGAUAUUGACCCACACCACCGUAAGCUCACUCAGCUCCAGGCCAUGGUCCGAUACCUGACUGGCAAAGAGCCAGACUUGGAGUGUGAUGAGAUCCUGCUACAGCAAGUUCUUUUUGAUGCAGUGGUUACAGCUCCACUGGAAGCCUACUGGACAACGCUAGCGCUAAACGGCCCCGGUGUAGAUGAAGGCAUGGAGACUGCUUUCCUUGGAACCCGCUCUGGGCUCAUGCGUGUCAUCAGAUAUGCAGGAAGUGAGAAACAAGUGGGAAAAAAGUUCUUGACCACUGUGGACAAAGAGAACCUGUUCACUCUCGACCACUUUCCCAUCUGGUAUCGUCUGGCAGCUGAGAACAAACCUGGACAAUUCUUUUUUUAUGUCCCACAGGAUGAUGUAAACAAAGGCAGGAACACUUUUGUGGCAGUAACAUCUGUGACAGUGACUGAGGGAAAAAGAACAGCACUUGCCGGAGCUAUUGGAAUGCAAGCAUCCCUGGACCUGCUGGAGGGACUGUUACUGUCUAUUGCCAAACAACCAAAUGACACAGAUUGCAGUGAUGUGGACGGUAUGUGUCCUCUCAGCUGUGAGGGCAUUGAUGUCAACUGUUACAUUGUUGACAAUAAUGGCUUCAUACUCGUCUCAAAGGAAAGAGGUGAUGUUGGUAAAUUCUUUGGGGAAGUAGAUGGGUCGGUCAUGGCUCAGUUACUCAAAUCAGGCCUGUAUAAAAGGGUGACAUUGUAUGACUACCAGGCAAUGUGUAAAAAUACUCACCAUCACGCCAGCGGAGCUCGACCACUGUUUAGUCCAUUCUAUGGUCUAGUGGCGCUACUAAAGUGGUUCUUCUCAAAUUUCAUGAUGUUUUUACUGGAGUUUAACAUCUGUGGACUUUGGCAUAAUGACUAUGUAGUGGAUGCUAAGGCUGUGUAUCAUGCAACACACAAACAGAAGAAGCAGGAACUAGUGCAGCCUUGUAACACAGAGUAUCCUGGCUUCAUGUAUGACACCUCUAUCAGAGAGACUAACAGCAUCAUUAAAUGUGGCCGUUGUCAGAAGAUGUUUGUCCUAAAGCAGGUUCCUAACAGUAACCUUGUCAUGCUAGUUGUCCAGGCUGACUGUGAUUGCUCUCGACAAUACGCCCCCAUCACUCUCAUGCCCAAGGAGGUCAAAUAUAACGCCACAGUUAAGUGCAAUCGGAUGAAAUCUCAGAAGAUUCGCAGACGACCAGAAUCUUGUCAUGCUUAUCAUCCUCAUGAAAAUGCCAAGGACUGUGGUGGAGCAAGUGAAAUCGCCAUAUCUCUUAAACUGUUCUUCAUUUGUUUGGUCACCUCAUUGGCCCUACGCUGAUAAAAAAGCAAAAAGCAAACCUCAUCCUUCUGCCAUGACUGCUGUUCUACAGUAGUCCCAAGGACAACUAAAGUUCAAACAAAAAAAACAAGAUACAGUUUACACUAAACAGUUUUUGUAGCCAAACACAGCCAGGCCAAACUUGCUUCAUACGGUCUCCUACUGGACUCCUUGUGUGACACUACACAGCACUGCACUGAUUAUAUUUGUCAGUUCUCAAUGGGAGCAAUUAGAUUUUCUCUUGUGACUUGAUGUUAUACAUCAAAUCUGCUAUUCUUUUAAUUGUUUAUAGUAUGUUCAAGAUUAUGGUGAAAAUCUCCAAGAUGCAGCAAAUGUAGAGCAGCUGCUUAAUGUUUUUAAAAAAAAAAAUUGGUAACAUUUUACAAUAAGAUUUCAUUUGUUAACAUUAGUUAAAGCAUUAGGUGUCAUGAACAGACAGUUAACAAUCUUUUACAGCAUUUGUUACUGUUAGUUAAAAAAUAUAUUUGUUCAUUGUUAGUUCAUAGUGCAUUAUCUAAUGUAACUUUCGAUUUUAAAAAUGUAUUUGUACAUGCUGAAAUUAACAUUAACAUUAAUAAAAGCAGUAAAAGUAUUGUUCAUAGUUAGUUUGUUAACUAAUGUUAACAAAUGUUAUCUUAUUUUAAAAUGUUACCCUUAUUUCAUAUAUUUUGUAUGACGCACAGUUUAAUUUGAAUGUUGUUAAAAUAUGACCUGUAGUCUUUAAGCAUAGCUUGACAGUAAAAGAAAAAAUAUAUAUGGUAUAACAGAUAUGGUGGGUUUAGUUUGUAUAUUUGAUUAAAAAGUGGAGCAAGUAUAAACCAAUUCUCAAUUUAUUUAUUUAUACUUAAUCACUCAUCCCACAAUGUAAAAUCAGAGAAAGCUGAAACAGUUGUUUCACUACACUUGCAUUUUCUAAAGGUGCUUUCAAGGCAGCAAAAAAGUAUUAUAGUUUUAGGCAAAAUAUAAGGAGGUGGUGAUGAUGAAGAUAAUAUUUAAUUUACAUGGAUAAAUAGACAAAAGCAAAAAAGACCAAUCACCAUUCAGUAUACAAAUAUAUUUAGAGGAAACAGCACAAAGAAUUCAGGUGGUUUGAGACAUGAGUUAUUUUUAACCUGACACAGCAUCUAAAACAAUGCAGCUCAAUGGUUAAAGAUAGCCACCUAGUGCAAGUUUACAUAAAAUAUAACAAUUAUAAGGUCCUAAGUCCAAAUUCUAAGCUAAUAAGCAACAUAUAUUUUGUCUCAAGUGAGUAGUUUUUAUUUCUUAAUAGCUGUUCCGAUUGAAAGGGUUAAAAGGAAAACUAUCAGCAUGGGUCACAAGCUGACAGUUCUUGGUAAUCGGUUUCAGCCCAGAAAGUCCAUAAAAUCCUCUCACUGACUUAUACUG